AUGGAUAAUGUCAACUACCCUGUCGCUGUUCACUUCCCACGGCCAGAGCCAUCAAACAUGCAAUCAUUUCGUGUGUUGGCUCAUCGAACUGCUCGACAGUCACAUCAGCCAUGUUUGCGACCAUCGAAUAUCCGUCAAGUACUGCACACAAGACCAAAUCAGUCGCUGGUCAAGCUCCCUCAAUCUCGACUGGCGUCUAACUUCGGCGCAUCUUCUCAGCCAUCCUUCAGAGAAAGAUUCAAAGAGCAGCUGCGACUAGCACGAAAGGACUAUCCCGUCAUUUUCCCUGCCCUACUCGUGGCCUCGGUUGCCUCAGUGUCACUGCUUAGUCUCCUAAUCUAUGACUACUACACGCGCGUUGCACCUCAAUAUGCCGCCUAUCCACCACUCGUCGAGCAGGCCUUGCGCAUGGGGCUGCAGCAUGUCUACGUCACCCCCGAUCCUGAGAAAGCGGAGAUGCAUCUAACUCAUGCUCUCAAGAUGGCGCAUGAGUCAGGCAUGGACCCGUACAGCCCUGAAGUCAUCGGCAUUCGCACGAGACUGGCAGAAAUGCUGGAGAAGUUCGGGAGGGCCAAGGGCGCUAUCGAAGUGCUAGACGGAACAAUCAACAUGUGCGAGGAGAAGGUGGCUGAUAUUGAUCGAGGCGUAACUUCGCAGGAUCCAGAACAAACCAAGUCUUUGAGGAGUGGCAUGCUGAGAACUAUCCUGCGUUGCCGAGCCAAGGUAGCCUCGUUGUACGAAGGUGAAUACAUGCGCAACACCACAAAGGCCAAAGAAGUCCUGUCCGAUGCAAUCGGUCUGCUUGUGAAGGAGACACAAAACCCUCAAACCAAAGGCUUUAGCGAGGAUAACGCGGCUGGCCUGCCACUGGAUGAGAUAGCUAGCAUGCUGAGCCAGAUGGGUGAUCUCUACGCUACAACUGGUGAAGAGUCGAAUGCCGUGCAGGUAUACAUGUUGACGCUUGCACCACUACGACAAGCGUGUAAUGGUAACCGAUCAUGCAAGGAGGUCCAGGUUUUGAGUAAUAUUGCUUCGACUAUGGACAUAGCAAUGAAGAAACCAGGAGCCACCAUAAAUGGUCAGCCAGCAAACAAGGAGAACCUUGCCGCUGCCCGCAAAGCGAUCCUAGCCUGGGCAGACCAAGCCAUCAAAACUGCAGAAGUCGUUAAACCUGAAGAUCGAGAUAGUGUUUGCGACCUCGGACUGAUUUCAGCAGAGAUGACCAAAGCCGACUUGCUACUGAAAGACGGGAAGACCAUCCAAGCACGGGAAGCUUUCAGAGGCAUCAUUCCAAAGUUGAGAGAAAAAGGUCUCGAAAGUCUGGUCCGAUCAGCAGAGCAGGGCAUUCAACGUGCUGGUGGAUAA